AAAGGUGGAUCUGUUUGCCCUGGGAAAUUUAAAACGUUCUACAGAUAAGUGUAUGAGUUCAGGGGACUUUGCCGUAGUAACCGAUUUAGCACAUAUAAAGGAACCUUAGCCAAAAAUGCUGCUGUUCCAACCGUAUGGCCAGUCCAACACUAGAAUAGUGAGUGACCUCUCACGGUUUGAAUACGACGCCGUGAUCCCAAGAAAUAGAUCAAGAAACGCAACCCCUACAUCAAUAGAUGAACAUCAUAUGAGCGACAACUCGUCUAUGGAUUCCAUACUAAAGCCUGCUAGGAAACCGACCAUGAUCGAAGUUGCAGAGCGUAACUUAAGCAAUCCCAAACAGAGAGAUGUAACAAAUGACGAUAAGAGCGACUUCUUCAGCUAUUACAUGAAGGAGGAAGACACCUUGAAUGAAGAAGAUCCGGAGUUCGUACCGUAUCCAGAAUCAUUCAAUAACGAAAAAUCUCACGAUGAUCCAUAUAGAUCGAAAGAUCACCGAAUUCCAGAGCCUGUGCCGGUUGCAGUGCCCCAAUUACCAAGAACUAGAACAGUCAAGCCAGAGCCAGAGGUGACUCUCCCCUACAAUAGCGUCGUACCUCCAACUUUAAUUAUCCCUCAACCUCCUCCCAAGGAUGCCAAGCAUCUCAAAAACAGUAGUAAUCGCAACACCCGCUAUUCAGCCCCCAACCCGCCUAUCAUCUACGAUGACCAACUCCCACCUGCAGCUAUACAAAACGACAUGAAUAUGGAUAAUUUGGCACCAUCAGGGCAACAUAUUCCCUCAGGUCCGGUAAUGGGGGGACCUGUGAUAGGUGGGCCCAUCAUGGUAGAUGGUGGAGGCCUCGCUUCUGGGGUAGCAGGUCCCUUAAGAAGCGGCGGCCCACCAAAUGACGUGCAAAGUAUUAUCUCUCGUAAAAAGUAUUUGGAAGAGCAUUUGAUUAAAAGUGUAAUGAAUAGGCCCCUUAUUGUUCUCCCCACGAGACGAUUUGUCGGGUUUAACGACUACCAAGAGACAGAGUUGGUGAUCAGUUUCCAUUUUGUGGUGUAUGUAUUUGAAAUAUUCUUUGCUAUUAUUGUCAUAACGUUAGCAGGGGUGCUCUUGUCAAAUGAUGGAAUGGGGAAGACUGGAAUCUACCGGUAUUUCAUUGCUGAUGGGGUGAUCUCACUCUUUGUAUCUUUAUUGUUUGUCUUCUCAGUGAUCAACUUUGAAAAACGAAAUGGUAACUUUUAUUGUUUAUUGGCAACUAUAUUGAAUAUUGUGUCAUUUAUAAUGGUUACCUCCACUAUUAUACCCAACAAAUCAUGCUCAAAACCAUCCAUAUGCAACAUGAGAAGAGCCUUGACGGCUUUCAUAAUUCUUUCAAUGUUUAUUUGGUUUACAAACUUGAUCAUGUUCAUUACUACAAAGUAUAUUUCAACUCUUAAUUUGCUUGAUGAGUUAAAUUUUGAUUAUAGUGGUAAAGGUUCAGCUCCACAAUAUAAUGCUAACAUCAAUAAAGCAAAUGAUACCAUGGCCAACUCGAUGUUACCACCUCAACCACUACCAUCGUCGCAAAUGGUUGACCCGUACACUGGACAGCCCAUAAAGGAGUACAUACUCAAUGAAAGAGGAGAAUUAUAUCCUAUCAACGAUCAAAUGGAAGUUAGAGGCCGGGAAAAAAUUUUGGUGUAUACAUUUUGAAACCACAAAUGGUAAAAAUUACAAUGGAGAGAAAGUUUUAAUGGAAGGAAAAGGUUACAAAUAGAAUAGAUUAUUAAUAAUAGUAGUACGACAUACAUAUAUUAGU